AUUUCAUAUCGAUUUUAGUUCACAUGCAGUGAUGAUCGUCGGGCCCCACUCGUGACAUACUCGCUCCCGCGCACUCGCUCUCGUGCUGUCAAAGUCUAGUGAUCGUUCGUCGUCGGCUCGGCUCUCGAUAUAGCAGCUCACGUUUUUUUCUUUCUUUUUCCCCAUUGUGUCAGUUUUGGUUUUUCCUUGGACAAUUUAGUGCUGCGGACAUUUUACACGCUUUUUUGUUGUGCGUAUUUGGACGAUAGGAGAAUCGACGAAUCGGCAAGUCUGCCACAAAAUCUGGGAAGCUCGAAUACAUGCGUUACGCCAAGAAAACCAGUAAGAUUAUUCAGCUGCAAUUUCGUACUUUUCUCGGUACGCGAUAAAACCAAGGCGAAUCAGCACGUAAUUCUUCGAGGGAUUUUUCGUUCAUUCUUUGUCACAAAAAUAAAUACGAAAAAUGCGCUGCCUAGCAUUGAUCCUGCUUUUCGCUCUGACAGCCAGCGCGUCGGCCGAGCAACGCCAUAAAGCAUCGUCGACUGAACCUCCCGCGAUAGAAGAAAAAUUAAGCGUCCAACAGCAAUGCCAAGCUGAGCAUCCAGCUCUGAUGAAUCCGUUCACAUGGGCCGAUUACACGGUCGUCGUCUCGAUGCUCGUCAUUUCCAUUUGCAUCGGAUUUUUUUACGCUUGCUUCGUGGGCAAGCAGGUGUCGAGCAAAGAUUUUUUGCUCGGUGGUUCCGACAUGGGCACCAUUCCGAUGGCUAUGUCGCUCGCCGCCAGUUUCAUCACGGCUAUCGAACUCCUCGGUAAUCCCGCUGAAAUGUACGCUCAUGGCACCCAAUUUUGGAUGACAUGUUUGGCUUUCGUUUUGGUUGUGCCUAUCGCCUCGCGUCUGUAUCUUCCAGUAUACAUGAAUCUGAGGCUUACUUCUAGCUACGAAUAUUUAAAUUUACGCUUCAACAAGCACUGCAGACUGCUUGCAAGCUCGCUUUACAUGCUUCAAAUGGUUCUCUAUACCUCUGUGGCCGUGUAUGCACCAGCUCUAGCUCUGAGUCGAGUUACGGGCCUCAAUGUUUACUUGGCUGUGUCUCUAGUCUACGUGGUCUGCAUUUUUUACGCUUCUCAAGGAGGUAUGAAGGCCGUCAUAAUGACCGAUACUUUUCAAGCCGCCGUACUCAUUGGAUCGCUUCUCCUCAUCGUUUUUUGGGGUGCCUCCAUGGAAGGUGGUUGGCAAAAAGUUUGGGAAACAACCAAAGAGUCUCAUAGAUUAGAAUUUUUCAAUCUCGAUCCGAAUCCAACUGUCAGACACAGCUAUUGGAGCGUCGUUAUCGGCGGUACCUUCUAUUGGACCACCAUGUAUUGCAGCAAUCAAGCAACAGUACAAAAGUAUUUGAGCGUAGAAAAAAUUUCACAAGUUAGAAAAGCUUUAUGGGUGUCUGCUUUUGGACUAAUUUUCAUAUACACCAUCAACUUUGCGACGGGUGCAGUCCUACUCAGUGCGUACGAGCAUUGCGAUCCAAAACGCGCUGGACAAAUUGAAGGAUUGGAUCAGCUUUUGCCAUUAUACGUUAUGAACUAUAUGGGCAAAGCGAUAGGAGUACCUGGAUUUUUUGUUGCCGGAAUUUUCGCAGCUUCGUUAGGAACUGUUGCAAGUGCCAUGAACUCAUUAGCAGCAAUCACCUGUGAAGACAUCUUAGGAGGUCUCUUCAAAAUAGAUAUACCCGCCGAAAAAGGUGCUCUUUACGCAAAAUGGAUCAGCAUAUUUUUCGGCCUUCUCAGUUUUGCUCUUGUUUUCGUAGUGGAACGACUUGGUAGCGUAUUACAGGUUGCUUUAUCUUUCAAUGGUAUGGUUGGUGGAAUAACUCUAGGCUUAUUUUCUUUGGGGAUGUUUGUUCCUUGGGCUAAUGCUAAGGGCGCAAUGACUGGCGCAAUUUUGAGUCUUGCACUUGUAAUGUGGAUCGGCUUGGGUGCUCAAAUUGCAACAUUUAACGGAAAUAUUCGUGACGACACUUUGCCGACUUCCAUUGACCAGUGCCCCUGUCUCAAUGCAACCACGUCUGCAACGGCGCAGCCCGUGGACACAGAGGUAGAGGAGGCAUGGUUCAUAUACAGGAUAAGCUACUUAUGGUACAGCGCCAUCGGAUGUUUAGGAACUAUGCUGAUUGGCGUAAUAGUUAGUUACUUCACUGGCUUCCAAGAGCCCGCCGAGCUCGAUUACGGAUUGCUCAGUCCACCGAUCAGUCGAUUGUUGCACCCGAAAAAGCCAAAACACCAUCCACAGCUGCAGCAACAGCAGCUCCAAGAAAAGCCUGAAAAGCCUGAGAAGAAAAUCGAUAGUCAUCUGCAAGGCAUUACGAAUUUGGGUCUUGUAAUCGACGCUUGAGCACUCACAAUUAUUAUCGAUGCCUCGAAACGGGGUUUUUUUAAUUUUAAUGCCAAAGAGCCGAUGAGCGAUUCAUCGGUAUUUUAGAAAUAGAAAUUGUAAAUACCGCGAAUGAGCAGCGUGCAUCAUGCUGUACAGUUUGCAAACUUUUUUUUAAAUAGUUUUUAAGAUAGCACUAAAAAUAUUAGA